AUUGUGGAAAACCGCACCGAGAAAUGAGGAUGAAUCCCAAAGCGAUCACGGCCCCACAGAUGUUCGGGCGGCUCGAUGUGGCCACGAAUGACUGGACGGAUGGGAUAUUUUCUACUCUUUGGAGGAAAACGCUGAGGGCUAAGAAAGGGGAGCAUAUCUGGAUAGUUCUUGAUGGUCCAGUAGAUGCCAUCUGGAUUGAAAAUCUGAAUUCCGUUUUGGACGAUAACAAAACCCUCACACUUGCCAACGGCGAUCGGAUCCCCAUGGCUCCGAACUGUAAGAUCGUGUUCGAGCCUCAUAACAUUGACAACGCUUCACCCGCCACCGUCUCCAGGAACGGAAUGGUGUUCAUGAGUUCUUCUGUCCUCGACUGGAGCCCGAUUCUGGAGGGUUUUCUUAAAAAACGCUCGCCUCAAGAAGCUGAAAUUCUUCGUCAGCUGUACACCAAGUCUUUCCCAGACCUGUACCGCUUCAGCGUUCAGAACUUAGAAUACAAGAUGGAGAUGCUCGAGGCCUUUGUAAUCAUGCAGAGCAUUAACAUGCUGCAAGGUCUGAUCCCUCCCAAGGAGCAAGGUGUGGAGGUCACAGCGGAGCACCUGGGGAGGCUGUACGUCUUCUCCCUGAUGUGGAGCGUUGGGGCGCUGCUGGAGCUGGCUGGCCGGCACCGCCUGGAGCUCUGGCUGCGGUCUCAGGCAGCGCUGGCCUUGGAUCUGCCACCCCUCGCGGGGACUGAGGACACCAUGUUCGACUAUUAUGUCACGUCGGAUG